UUAUUCUAUUUCAUUUUGAGUAGGUUUGUUUGUGAAAAUGAAAAAAAAGGCAAAAAAUAUUCAUUAUUUUCAGAGUAUAAAUUUUGUGUUUUAAAGAAAGAAAAAUUACAAAAAUAUGCUUUAUAGCUUUUAAUUUUGCUUAGCCAGUUAUUUAUUUUAAGAGUAUUUUUUUUUUUUAGUUAUCUAGAAAUAGUUAUUAAAUAUUUUUUGUUUUUUUACAUUUAAAAAAAAAAUAAAAAAAAAUGAACAAAUAGAAUUGUACCACCUCAUCAAAAAAUGACAAAAUUUGAUAACAAACCUUAUCACAAAAGGGGAGGGGGUUCACGUGAAUUGAGGGAAUAUUAUUGUUGGGGGUGGGGUCACACAUAAAGAAAAACAAAAAAUAAAAAAAAUAAAAAAAAGAAAGGGGACCACAUGAACACCUGACAAAAGGGGAUUCAUUACUUUUAUAUAGGGCAAUACAGAUAAUGAUACAAAAAGGAGAGGCAUAUGAGGGAAUCAGGGGAUUGAGCCGCAAAAACAAAUGAAAAAAAAAACUAGAAUAUAGGAACCUACAGCCACCAUAACAAAAGAAAAAAGGAGGGGCCGCAUGAGGUCUUUCUUUUUUCCUUUUUAGUAGCUAAAACGUGUACCCAAGAAUGAUAUAAAACUAAGAAAACUCAGUACACCAAGAGACCAUAUAAGCAGCUCACCCUUUUAACCCAAGAAAAAAAAAAUCUAUCAUCUUCUCCAUUUUCUUUUUCUCACCGGAAACCACCCAUCACCACCUCCUUUUUUUUUUUCUCUUUUCUCCACCACAGACCACCAACACAUAAAUAUAUAUCACACACAGAUCGAAAAAAAAAGGGGUUAAAGCACUGCUCCAUUAAACCACUGCUUAAACACCUACUACAAAAACUCCAUUAAAACCAACUCAAAAACACCAUGAAACAGCCCUGAAAAUAGCUUCAACCUUCACCUCAAAACAACCACGUAAACCACCGCUGUUGAGACGUGUCGAAGUUGAGAGGUCCGUUCGAGAUUGCUGGUCCGGGGUUCGAAAGUAUGAUUUGAGACGUUUGUUUUCUUCUUAAUAAAUUGCAAGAUAUUUAAAGGAAUUAGAUUUCAUGUUCAAUAUUGUCUCAAAGUGUUUGAAUGUGAAACGUGCUAGUUUCUUACCUGCAUGUUUUAGUCUUUGCCAUAGCAGUUUUUUAUUAGGUAUGCUUUUAGAUAUAUAAUAAUGUUUUAAUGACGUGUUUUUCUUCAUGAUUAUGAAACUGGGGGUUGUUUAAGUGUGUUAAUAAGCCAACAUAUUAGUUUAAGCUUAUCUAGAAGUAGUAUUGUAAUGGUAAAAUAGUGGUUUGAAGUUCAAAUAUUUGGAAACUUAAGGAAAAGUUACGUGGAAGUUGGGAAACAUAAUUGACCAACAUAGUACUGUGAUCUUUUCCUCUUUACUGUUUGGUUUUCAUCUUUCUAUUAUAAUAUUUGGAUGUUUAUUUGAUUGGAUAUAUCUUACCAUGAUAAUUGUUAAGGACUGUUGGUAUUUUAAUCUUUACUUAGCCGUGUAAAUUUGGGCCACAAUUGAUUUAUAGCCUAGCUAAUUAUAUUUAAAUAUAAGGGAGCGAAAUGGAUCGCGAAGUUAUUAAAAAUCCGUUGUAAAAAUAGUGAAAUAAUAAUAAGAAAUCAAUAAUAACCAAAUAAUUUUUAAAGACUCGGAUUUUAGAGACAAAUAAUUGCUCUUGACGCUAGAUGAGCUUUAGGCACGUUUUAAGACGUUUGUUUCGAUUAAGAAUGCGGUUACACAUCUUAUUUCAAGACAUUUUUUUUUAACUCAAGGAUGCGGUUACGCACCUCGGCUAAAUUUGUUUUAAUAAUUAAUUUUGUUUCGAGUAAGAAUGCAGUUAUGCAUCUUAUUUGAGUUACGCAUCCGAGUUAAAACCAGUAAAAAGUUCAAUAAAUAAAAGCGAGCAAAUCAAGGCUCAAAUACAUAAUAUAUUCAAAUAUUAAUUUAAGCUAAGUAUAAGUCGAUAAAGCGACCGUGCUAGAACCACGGGACUCGGGGAAUGCCUAACACCUUCUCCCCGGUCAACAGAAUUCCUUACCCGGUCUUCUGUUUUCGCGGACCAUAAUAAAAGAGUCAUUUCCUUUUGAUUAGGGAUUCAUAAGGUGGCUUGGAACACCAAAACUCAAUUUCAAGUGGCGACUCUGUAAAUAAAAUAAUCCCUUUUCAAAACUGUCACUUCAAAUGGAAAAACCCUUUAAUAAUAAAAACUUGCGCGUUUAUAGCGCGGGGGUGCGAAAAAGGGGUGUGACAUCUCUGGCGACUCUGCUGGGGAACUCAGAAUUCGAGCUUUGUGAUAUUGCCUUAUAUUUGGCUUUUAUUAUUAUUAUUAUUAUUAUUAUUAUUAUUAUUAUUAUUAUUAUUAUUAUUAUUUGGAUUUAUUAUGUGUUGUUGAGCCUAAUGUGCUAAUUGCCGCUCAUUUACCGCUUUGAUAUUGUUGAACUGUAUUAUAAAAUGCCUUCUCUUGCGCACCCUUCUGAGUCUCUGAAACACUUCACACACGGGCACAGGAAUGCAGUUAUGCAUCCUAACUUUCUGUCAAGAUAAAGCCGGAGCGUCUUGGCGCCUGGUGGAGGAUUUUAGUCACACAUGUUAGGCGGGACAGGAUAAGCAAUGAAGUCGGAAUAGCACUGCUACCGACAGUAUUGCCCCUCCCCGGCUCGAGUUGUCCGCUCGGGUGACCCAGUCUAGACACCUUUGCCAUUAGGUCUUAAACCUAGCAAAACUGAAAACGCAGAACUGAUAUCCCUAGUAGGCUACGCUUAUCUGCAUCACCUGCAUUUGACUUAGCGGGACUCGGCACAGGGGCCGGGUCUGACUAGGACAGGUGACCUUUUUAUCAGACCAACAUGUGCAUCCAAUGUGCUAAUUGUAAUAUACUUGGAAGGUGCCUGAUUGUUGACCGGCUUUAGGAUAACCAAGGGGGUUUGAGAGAGAUAAAUAUCACUGACUUUUGGGUCAUUGUUUUUUUUUUAAAAAAAAAAAAAAAAAAGAGAAAAGAAAAGAGAGGAGGUCAAAUAUCAUCCCCAUUUUUUUUUUUUUUUUAGUUUAUACGAACUACGCACACUUGAUUCCCGUCCCUCGGGGCGACGAUACGUAGGCAGCCCAUAUCGGGUUCGGUGAUCCUUAUUAAAAAAAUAAAUAAAAAAAAAGUGUUUUUAUUUUGUAUUAGAAAAUCCGAAAAACAAAGGAUAUAGUUUUUUUUACUUAAAAAAAAAAAAAGGAGAUUUCUUUUUAACUCCCUAUCCAAAAGAAAAAGGAAAUGCAAAAAGAUUUUACUUUGAGUAGUAUUUUUUUUAGCGGGGUUUCUUUGGAGGAAAUUUUACAAUCAAAAUCCAAAAAAGAUUUUUUGUUUUCAAGUUUUUGUAGUUUUUUUUUUUUCCUUCUCUUUUCUCUUCCUAGAUUUCAAAAAAAAAAAAGGAAAAAGAAAGAGAAAAUUCGAAACAAUUUUGUUGAUUACUUUUCGCCGAAACUUCCCGAACUACGCAAAGAUCUGAUUCAUGUCCCAGCAUGAUACGUAGGCAACCCAAGUUGGGUUCGAUCGAAUUAUUUUCAAAAAAAAAAAUAAAUCCAAAAAGAGUAGUGAAAGAGCGGAGAGAAAGAAAAAAAGAGUAGUGAAAGAAAGGGAAAAGAAAGAUGAGUGAACCGAGAGGUAGGGAAAGCAAAAAAUGAAAGAGAGGAAGGCCAAAUCGAACGAAAAUGGGGAUGAUGCCAAAAUGACAUUGUUACCCUUAGAAUCAUUCUAGAACUAAUAAUCGUGCAUAUGUGACUUGCGCACGGUUCCCUAACUCAAUCAUUUUUUUUAUUCAUGAUGUUUGAUUUUAGAAGGUGGUUGGUUUGUGGUUUUAAAACUGGCGACUCAUCCUUACAACACAAGGUCGAAAACCAAAAAGGCAAUGGCGACCAACGAGGACACUGGGUUGGUUGACGUUAGCGCUCAAACACCGUUGGUUGACCAAACCUCGAGGUUAGCCGAAGAAGUGAGAAUGUUAAAACAACACAUGACAAGCAUGUAUCGGGCUUGGAUGACUGGUCAGCCACCACCUCCACCGCCACCUGGCUUCCUUGACAUUUCCCCUAAUAUGCCAACCUCAACCCGAGCUCUACUCACUGUGCCUGAUGAUCCAUCUAACAGUGGGCCCAUGUUCAAAACCCUUGAUGCUCACCCCUAUACUCUAGAACCGACUUUAAAUGUCUCUAAUCCUCACUUUGAGCCUCCCGUUAACAGUGAAAAACUUGAUAAGACCGUGGAUGAUGAGGAAAUGACUAGAAAGAUGAAAAACUUGGAGCAAUCCAUAAGAUACUUGCAAGGUCAGGAAGGUCACAAGAGUGUUUCAUACAAAGACUUGUGCAUGAUUCCUAAUGUUCACUUACCCUCUGGUUUUAAGACUCCAAAGUUUGACAAGUAUGAUGGGCAUGGUGAUCCUGUGGCCCAUUUGAAGAGGUAUUGCAAUCAGUUGAGAGGAGUUGGAGGUAAAGACGAAAUGCUUAUGUCCUGCUUUAGUGAUAGCUUAACAGGAAUAGCCUCGGAUUGGGUCGCUGAUCAGGACGUCACUAAGUGGCAUAUUUGGGAUGACAUGGCUCAAGAGUUUGUGCGACAAUUUCAGUAUAAUAUAGAUAUUGAUCUAGAUAAAGUGUCCAUGACCAAGGUGCAGAAGAAAUCUACAGAAAGUUUCAGGGAAUUCGCCAUUAGGUGGAGAGAGCAGGCUGCUAGAGUAAAGCCUCCAAUGGUAGAAAGUGAGGUUGUAGAUACUUUUCUCCAAGCCCAAACUGAAGAAUACUAUCAACAUAUGCUCCCGGCACUGGGCAAAUCGUUUAUUGAGGUCAUUAAGAUGGGGGAAAUGAUAGAAGAUGGAAUCAAAACAGGACGUAUCAUGAGUUUUGCUGACAUGAAAGUAAAUGCUGAAGUAACUCAAAAUGGUUCCGGAAGCCUGAGCGACAUGAGGGAAAAUGAUGAUGUAGCCAUGAUUAUACCAAAACUGCGACGAGGUUUGAAGGGUCCACCUUGCUCAUAUACCCAGCCACAACCUCAAGUCUAUUCCCAAACUCCAUACGCUCAACCUCAACAUUACUUUCCUCCACAAGACCCUCAAUAUUCCAUGUCACCUCUCCAGUACUUUGCCUGUGCUGCACAGCCAUAUGUUCAGCCAUAUCCUUACCAACAAUGGUGUGCACCAGCUCCACAGGGUUCUUACCCCCCCCCCCCCCCCCCCCCACAAGCAUAUCGUCCUCGUACCAGCUCCAUCUUUCGACCUAGGCCGGAAUACAAGAAAGAGAGGCAACAGAGAAGGGAGGCCUCUGGAAAACUUCCCGGGCUAUCAGUCCCAGUUCCAGAAGUUGAUAAGGAUGAAUUGGUUAAAGGGACCCAGAACUUGUUUGCUGAGCAUAAUUUGAUUGAAAAUGAUAAUGGUCCAAGUAAUGCUUAUGUGCAACUUAGUGGCUAAGAUGACAGCUUUGCAGUUGGGAAGUUUCUCUUCUCCCCUCUAGGAAGGAGUCUUGGUAGUUUGUUUUGAUGUUCUUUCUGUUAUCCGGGUUAUUCUAAGGUUGUAAUCUAGAAAUUUUUUGCUUGUUUUAAUGUCCACAACCCUUCUAUCAUUUUGUUUAAUAAUAAAAAAAAAAGAAAAAAAAUGAGUUUUUGUUUUGUCAUUUCCUAGUAUAUUUUCUUUAAUUUUUCUUUUGUAUAGUUCUUUUUAGGCUGGUUCUAUUGACAUGACAUGCAUGCGGAUAUUUUUAGCCAGAUCUUGAAGGCCAGUUUAAUUACACGAGAAAUGCACCCAAAGGAUUGAAAAUGGUAAAGAAAAACAUGGGAGGAAAUAUUAGAGUGCUGAAACAUUUUGAGAGUAAGCUGAAGUCUGGCUUGAAUGAAACUAAUACGAUCACUUUGGGAAUCAUGAGAAUGACACUAGUGUAUAACAAAUGUUGAUCCCAAGUGAUUUGAAGUGGGCCAAUAUCAAGAGAGGUCAAAAAAGCAAGUUCGCUCCAAUUAACUUGAGUCAUCCAUUAUAAAGAGAUACCAUAUAAUUUUCACUUCUCAUUCUCGAAUCGCAUGCUUUGUACUUGAUAUUUUAAAUGAUUGGUAUGACGAAGGCAUUUCAUUCUGCUAUCUGAACAUUGUGUCACCCUUUGCUAGCCCUUUUGAACCUUAGUUUUAUUUUCUUUCAUAUCCCUCUUUUGGAAUCAAAGUACAGUACAAAAAAAAAGUCGGAAGAGAAAAGUGAAAAGGUAAGUAGAAAGUCAAAAUGAAGAGAAAAGAGUUGAAAGAAAAAAAAAACACACACACACACACACACACAAAAAGAAAAAAAAAAUGAAGAGAAACACACAAGAAAUGAGCUUACUGAACUACGUUUGACCUGAUUCUUGUCUCGGCAGGAUACGUAGGCAGCCCUAUUCUAGGGUUCGGUCCAACCAAAGAAAAUCCAAAAUUUCCCGUUUCGAAGAAACUGGGACAGAAGUUAUUGUUUUCUUUUGAGUCGAUUCCAAACGUUGUAAGUCUCAUCCCUUAUUACUUUUUUAUUGUCUUUGGGCCUCCAUGCCACCCUUUAGUUCCAACCCUAUCCAAAAGCCACGUUACAACCAAAUAAAAGACCUUCAGAUCAAUCAUUAAGAAUGUCAAGGCUGAGCAAGCUAUGAGUAUAAGGCAUUUGCAUCAUUGGCAUCACUUGUGGCAUCAGCAUAAGGGAAAUGGAAGAAAAAUGAAAAUGAGAGAGUCUUAUUGGUGGAAACCCUCAAGGGCACCGUAAGGCGAUGGUGAGUUGAGAGAAUUGAAAAUGAGAGAGUCUUAUUGGUGAAAACCCUCACGGGCAACAUAAGGCGAUGGUGAGUAGAGAGAAAGAACCAAAUGACAGAGGCUAGUUGGUGAAAACCCUUCAUGGCAUCACUAGCCGAAAGAGGUUUGAUGAUAGCGACGUAGUUUUUGGAAUUUGGAAGUCUAAGUGUAUGACACGAGUUGAAGGUUCGAUUGGUUGAAGAGGUCAGGCCACUUAAUCCAAAAUGCAUGUCAUGAUCAUUGGAGCCGGCUACCACAUUCAGAAAAGUGUCAUUUCUUAGUCUUUCCCCAAGAGGGACGUCUCUUAUUGAAUACUAUUUCUUUUAAUUUCUACAUUACUUUUUUCCUCUUUCUUUGUUUCUUGAGUCAGUCCAUGUCAAAACAAGCAAGAAGGGACUUCAAAAUUCGCUACCAAGUUCUCUAAUUGCAUAAAGCAAAAUUUGGCCAGAUCAUUAAAUUGACAAGAUUCAAGCAAAAGUUAUAUGCACAACAAGUUUGUUGACGAUUGAUAGACAUUUGGAUUCAUGGUUAACACAAAGGUCCGGUGAUUGUUGAAAUGCGAGUACAGCACAUUAAUUGUGAGGUUGGAGGUUUGAGAUGUCUCCAAUGUAAAAGGUUAUCGAGAUAGGUUGAAAUCGGAGCUGUAUGGGGAAAAGAUCCUCAAAUCCAAGGCCACAAAUCAACCACAAAGUUUAUAAACUCACAAAAUUUUUCUUUGUUUGAAACAGGGACAUGAAAUUUUAUUCGCUAACUGCAGGUAUAUUAUGAAAAAUGCAAGGCGCAAGUGUUGCGAGAACAAAAAUCAGGACCCUCCUGGAAAAUGGGAUUUAGUUUAGCAGGACCCUCCUGGAAAAUGGGAUUUAGGUUAUCAGGACCCUCCUGGAAAAUGGAAUUUAGUUUAUCAGGACCCUCCUGGAGAAUGGGAUUUAGUUAUCAGGACCCUCCUGGAAAAUGGGAUUUAGUUGUCUAGACCCUCCUGGAAAAUGGGAUUUAGUUUAUCAGGACCCUCCUGAAAAAUGGGAUUUAGUUAUCAGGACCCUCCUGGAAAAUGGGAUUUAGGUUAUCAGGACCCUCCUGGAAAAUGGGAUUUAGGUUAUCAGGACCCUCCUGGAAAAUGGAAUUUAGUUUAUCAGGACCCUCCUGGAGAAUGGGAUUUAAUUAUCAGGACCCUCCUGGAAAAUGGGAUUUAGUUGUCAGGACCCUCCUGGAAAAUGGGAUUUAGUUCAUCAGGACCCUCCUGGAAAAUGGGAUCUAGUUUAUCAAGACCCUCCUGGAAAAUGGGGUAUAGUUUAUCAGGACCCUCCUGGAAAAUGGGAUUUAGUCAUCAGGACCCUCCUGGAAAAUGGGACUUAGUUAUCAGGACCCUCCUGGAAAAUGGGAUUUAGGUUAUCAGGACCCUCCUGGAAAAUGGGAUUUAGUUUAUCAGGACCCCCCUGGAAAAUGGGAUUUAGUUUAGUAGGACCCUCCUGGAAAAUGGGAUUUAGGUUAUCAGGACCCUCCUGGAAAAUGGGAUUUAGGUUAUCAGGACCCUCCUGGAAAAUGGAAUUUAGGUUAUCAGGACCCUCUUGGAAAAUGGGAUUUAGGUUAUCAGGACCCUCCUGGAAAAUGGAAUUUAGUUUAUCAGGACCCUCCUGGAGAAUGGGAUUUAGUUAUCAGGACCCUCCUGGAAAAUGGGAUUUAGUUGUCAGGACCCUCCUGGAAAAUGGGAUUUAGUUGUCAGGACCCUCCUGGAAAAUGGGAUUUAGUUCAUCAGGACCCUCCUGGAAAAUGGGAUCUAGUUUAUCAAGACCCUCCUCGAAAAUGGGGUAUAGUUUAUCAAGACCCUCCUGGGAAAAUGGGGUAUAGUUAAGGGAUGCACUUCCUAGUUAGUACAUUUGAUUUUACUUCCAUAAUUAAAUUAUUUUAUAGUUUUGCUAACACUCACCAAAAAAAUUCCUAGUAUGAACUGGGACAGGAAAUUUUGUUUGUGUUCGUUGUUUUUGGUAAUUUGCAGGACCCGCCUGAAGAAUGGGAAGCAAGUCAGGACCCGCCUGAAGAUUGGGAACAAGUCAGGACCCGCCUGAAGAAUGGGAAACAAGUCAGGACCCGCCUGAAGAAUGGGAUGAUCAGGAACCCGCCUGGAGAAUAGGGCCACCUUUCAAUUUCAAGUUCAGGAACCCGCCUGGAUAAUAGGGACAUCUUUCAAUUUCAAGUUCAGGAGCCCGCCUGAAAAAUAGGGUGUACUUUCAGUUAGAAGUAGCAGGAGCCCGCCUGAAUAAUAGGGUCAACAUUCAAUUGCUUUUCAAUUUCAAGCUCAGGAGCCCGCCUGAAGAAUGGGAUGUACUUUGAGUAGGUUUCAAGUUCAGUCAGAAGUAGCAGAAGCCCCGCCUGGAGAAUAGGGAUGACUUUGAAUUUUAAAGUUUAGAAACAAGCAUGAAGAUUGAAGUCAAGAUUCAAGAGAAGCUGCAUAGAUAGGGUCUUGUACUUGUAUUUUCUUUGUAACUUUUAUUUUUCAUUUUGAUGUAAUAACAGGAGCCGCGGACCGGAACCUCGACAGGACCUCAAUCGACUUCUCCAACUCAGUAUGUUUCAUCACCCAUCUUACCUCUUGAACUACACGAGACCUGAUUCCCUUAUAACCGGGGAUAUGUAGGAUGCCCAAGACCAGGGCUCGGUCACAUUUUGUUCCUUUCUCUUCCUUCAAAUAAUGGUCGGAUCCAAAUUUGUCUCGUUGUCUACGUCUUUGUCUGAGAACGCUUCGCGUCCCCAACCAAAGAGGGACAUGCUGUAGACAUGUAAUUUUGACCCUCCCCGUGUGUUUCAUCUUAUAGUUUUAAAUAUUUCUUUUAAUUUUAAUUUUGACGUGCUAGUUUUAUUCUAUUUCAUUUUGAGUAGGUUUGUUUGUGAAAAUGAAAAAAAAGGCAAAAAAUAUUCGGUAUUUUCAGAGUAUAAAUUUUGUGUUUUAAAGAAAGAAAAAUUACAAAAAUAUGCUUUAUAGCUUUUAAUUUUGCUUUGCCAGUUAUUUAUUUUAAGAGUAUUUUUUUUUUUAGUUAUCUAGAAAUAGUUAUUAAAUAUUUUUUGUUUUUUUACAUUUUUAAAAAAAAAAUAAAAAAAAAAUGAACAAAUAGAAUUGUACCACCUCAUCAAAAAAUGACAAAAUUUGAUAACAAACCUUAUCACAAAAGGGGAGGGGGUUCACGUGAAUUGAGGGAAUAUUAUUGUUGGGGGUGGGGUCACACAUAAAGAAAAACAAAAAAUAAAAAAAAUUAAAAAAAGAAAGGGGACCACAUGAACACCUGACAAAAGGGGAUUCAUUACUUUUAUAUAGGGCAAUACAGAUAAUGAUACAAAAAGGAGAGGCAUAUGAGGGAAUCAGGGGAUUGAGCCGCAAAAACAAAUGAAAAAAAAAACUAGAAUAUAGGAACCUACAGCCACCAUAACAAAAGAAAAAAGGAGGGGCCGCAUGAGGUCUUUCUUUUUUCCUUUUUAGUAGCUAAAACGUGUACCCAAGAAUGAUAUAAAACUAAGAAAACUCAGUACACCAAGAGACCAUAUAAGCAGCUCACCCUUUUAACCCAAGAAAAAAAAAAAUCUAUCAUCUUCUCCAUUUUCUUUUUCUCACCGGAAACCACCCAUCACCACCUCUUUUUUUUUUUUUUUUUUUUUUUUUCUCUUUUCUCCACCACAGACCACCAACACAUAAAUAUAUAUCACACACAGAUCGAAAACAAAAAAGGGGUUAAAGCACUGCUCCAUUAAACCACUGCUUAAACACCUACUACAAAAACUCCAUUAAAACCAACUCAAAAACACCAUGAAACAGCCCUGAAAAUAGCUUCAACCUUCACCUCAAAACAACCACGUAAACCACCGCUGUUGUGACGUGUCGAAGUUGAGAGGUCCGUUCGAGAUUGCUGGUCCGGGGUUCGAAAGUAUGAUUUGAGACGUUUGUUUUCUUCUUAAUAAAUUGCAAGAUAUUUAAAGGUCCAUUCUUUACUUGCAUUUUUUGCAAUUUUAUAUAUAUUUUU